AUGAAACAUGUAUUGAUGAUACCAUUAAAACGAAAUAGUACAAGUAGUAUCAGUAAUAGUAGCUAUCCAAUAAACAGAAGGCAAACAUCGCAAAGGCAAAAUUUUAUGGAUGAUAGGAAUACUGAUAUCAGUCGACGCCUUCCAAGAAAUACUGCAAUACAUACCACAAGUGCAAGUACCCCUGAAGAAUAUGCGACACAUAAAAACAGUUGGUCAUUACGAAGCGGUAAAAACUCCUCAUCCUCUAUUCUACUAAAUGAAGAAUCAUGUCACGUGAACCACGGUUAUAUGAUGGACGUGAAAGAAACCCAAAAUAAUGUCCCGAUAUCUGUUGGGCAUGCAAAUGGCAAGAAACUAUAA